AUGAUAAUAAUAAUAAUAAUAUUAUAACCGAUCAUUGUCAAUAUGAAAUGAAAACAAUUCCAUCUGAAAUAAUCAAUAAAGAAAUGAUCCGAUCACCAUCGAAUAAUUUCACUGAUCAAAUUAAUAUUGAUAAUUGUAUUGAAUCAUUUAAGAAAUAUAAUGAAAAUAAAUCAAUUUAUGAAAUCAUUCAUCGAUUCAAUCAACAUUACAACGAAAGGAGAUAAAUCCUCAAGAAUAUGGAUGUAUAACAUUAACUAAUAAUAAUAGUAAUAAUAAUAAUAUGUAUUUAUUAAAGAAAAAUGAUAACCACCACCACCAACAACAACAAUUACAUAAUGAAAAAGAAGUAAACCAACAAAUCAAUGAAAAAGAAGGUAAACAAUUCCUAAUUCAUGAUCCUAUUUCAAGAUGUAAUUCAUCAUUAGAUAAUGAAUCAAUUGAAAGUCUUGCUAUAUCAUUAAUUGAUCCACCACAAAAUUUUCGUACAUCUAUUAAUGAAUUACAUUUAAUUAAUAAUAAUCAUAAAUCAUCAAUGAAGGUAACAAUAACACCAACACAUAAACCACCGGAUGUAAUUUUAAAAAGUGGUAAUUAUCAUGAUGAAAUUGAUUUAGAACGACCACCUCCAAAAAUGCCACCAUUAAGAGGUAUAUUAACUAAUAGAUCUAUUAUAACUGAAAGAAAUACUGCAUUUUAAUUUAUUUCUUCUCUUUUGUUCAUAUCACCAUAUAUAUUCAAGUACUAAUGUAAUAAUGUAUUAUUAAUAACCAACUAUAGAAUAAUAAACUACUUAUUGUCUAUAA